AUGUUGGCGUGUCGCUCCCUGCUGCUCACCUGGACUCUGCUCUCUCUGGUCCUGGGUCACAUCUGGAGACCCUGUACGGACCUGCUGCCUCUCGACCUUCUGACCCAAGCCCUGCCACGCCCGGGACAAGCCCCGCCCACUCAGGUGCAGAUGGUCCAGUCUAGAGGAUCCAGAGGUCUCAGACUGACCGCCGCCCCCACAUCAGCUCUGAGUUUUUCCACCUCUCAAAUCUUCACCAAUUGUGACGACUUUCCUGCUGAGUUCUCAUUGGUCGCUACAUUGAAGAUCCAGAAACUGAGAUCGAAGACCAACGAGUACAUCUUUUCUGUGGUGAAGGAGAAGUCCGAUCUGCUCUUGCUUGGGUUACGCAUCUCUCAGAACCAAAUCCAUCUCGUGACCACGCCCCCUGGUGUUGGUGGGCGGAGACGAAUCAGUUUUAAAGAUGUUGGAUUGGACAAUAAUCGCUGGCACACCAUGGUGCUGGCUGUCGCUGGACAGUACGCUACGCUGACCGUCAACUGUGGACUGCCUCUGGAACUUAAACAGGUCUGGUCCUUCCCCAGCACUUUGAGCACCAGAGGGUCCAGGUUCUUCAUCGGCAGCAGGGGCCGGUGGAGGGGCCGCUUCUCUGGUCUGCUACGACAGCUGGUUCUGCUGCCGGGCUCAGACGCCACAUCCAGACUGUGUCCCAACUCUGAACCUGGUCUGGCAGAGCUGUCUGUUCCAUGGGUUCUGAAGUCCACCCCGCUUCAACCGGACCUCCAGAAACCAAUCUACCCAUACGAAGCUGAAGCCAGAGUCACAGUGGGGGAUCAUCCUCCGUGUUCAGAACCAGAACUGGGUCAACUGUGGUUGGACUCUCUGAGGAAAGCUCUGUUUAUCUGUGACGGUCUGACAUGGAGGAUGUUGCUGCAGAAUAAGGAGCGUCUGGACUACGUGGAGGACUACCAGGACCUGUACACGCGCUCGGAAACCUUUGACGUGGAGAUCUUCUCCAUCCCGUUUGAAGGCCUGUUCAUGGCUGCAGCAAACAGGGAUUCUCGAUCCGGCUCGGGUAUCUACCGAUGGAGAAACGGGUCCUUCCAGCUGUACCAAAACAUCAGCACUCAGGAGGCCCGGGCCUGGAAACACUUCACGAUCAAUGACAAGAACUUCCUGGUGGUCGCUGACACCAGGAGCGCGGAGACGGAGCUGUCGGUCAUUUAUCGGUGGAACCGGCGGCGGCGGCAGUUCCUUCGGUACCAGACUCUGGAGACUCACGCCGCUCAGGACUGGGAGGCCUUUCAGAUCCACAACCACAGCUUCCUGGUGGUGGCCAAUCACAGGCGAGCCAGGGACUCCAAGCACAACGUCCACAGUGUGAUCUACAGGUGGAACCCAGAAACAAAGCUCUUUGAGGUGAACCAGACUCUGUCCACAUCUGGAGCGUACGACUGGGAGUUCUUCACCGUGGGACCGUACCACUUCCUGGUGGUGGCCAACACCUUCGACGGUCAGACCACCACCGUCAGCUCCACCGUCUACGUGUGGCUGGAUGGACGCUUCCGGACCUUCCAGAACAUCACGACGGUCGGAGCGACGGACUGGGAGGCGUUUCAGAUCGACGGCAGGUUCUUCCUGGCCGUGGCCAACAGUCAGCAGCUGUCCAGCCACGGCCCGAGUCUCUACAACAUCAACUCCACGGUGUACGAGCUGAACACGCUCACCCGGACCUUCAUCCCCUUCCAGGACAUCCUAACGCACAGUGCCGUGGACUGGGAGUUCUUCACAGUUGGAGAUGAGAAGUUUUUGGUCGUGGCGAAUUCUCACGAUGGCCGCUCGUACUCCCUGAACAGCGUCGUCUACAGGUGGCAGGGCUACGAGGGCUUCGUCCCGGUCCACAGCCUGCCCACGUUUGGCUGCAGGGACUGGGAACACUUCAGAACCGAUGAAGGUUCCUUCCUCGUCUACUCCAGUGCCACCUCCAGGCUCAGCAAGGUCUUCAGACUCAGAACCUACUGA